GGGGCUCUCUGAGGGUCUGUGUUUCUCCUUGGGGAUCUCUGUCUGUAUUUGGGUUUCUGUUUCUCUCUGCGUCUCUGGUUCUAACAGCCUCCGUCACUCAGCAGGUCUGUAUUUCUUCUUUGAUUUCCCUUUGUGAGUUUCUGUCCCUCUGUGCGAGUCUCUCUCGUUAUGAGUCUCUGUGUUUUUCCACUGACUUCAGUUUUUAUGCGGGUCUUAGAGUCCGUUGACCUUUCUCAGUUUAUCUCUUUGUCUGUCCCUGGUUUCAGAAGGUCUGUAUUUCGUUUCUCUGGCCUCUGCCUCUCCCAUCACAUGCCUGUAGACUCAGACCCUACACUUGUGCUUCCCCAUUCUUUGCUGACCCCCGAGAAGAAUACACCAGACAGAAGCUCUGUGCUCUGCCUUGCUGCCCACUGCCUGACUGGGACUGAGUUCUCCUCAGACUUAGCAUUAGUUCAUUUCCGGUGCAGCUGUACUUGAAUGUGGCCUGCCCCGUGUGUUAGGUGUGGGGUUGACCCAGACCUUAGUUAGUGGUUGUCACUAAAGCAGAAUGGGGAUGAGCUGUUUGGUCAUUAAGAUUGGAAGGGACACCCAGACUUCAAUCUUGAGGUGUACCCUCAAGUCUUCUCAGAACACAUGGUAGUGGUUCUACACCUGGUGAAUGACACCUCUUUCCAUGUAUGUCUGUUAAGUUUGCCCAAAGGUGCCCAAAGACUUUGGAAUAUAGCUAGCACAACUCUUUUAUUUUUGGGAAUUUUUCAGACUUGGUGUUGAAGUAAGAAGACAGGAAUAUAGUAGAAAGCCUAGACUGUGGAUUUAGGCCUGGACCAGAAUCCUCUUUAAUAGCCUUGUGACCAGAGCCAACUUAAUCUUCCUCCUCAGCUCUUUCAUCUCUGAAACAGGGAUCAUCAUAUCUAUUCUGCAGGUCUAUAUGAAGAUAUAAAGGAGAUCACACAUAUAUAAAAGUCUUGACACUAUGCUUGGCACAGAGAAGGUGCCAGUUAUCUUCCAGUUACUUUUGCAGUUUGGAGGUGCUGUAAUCAGAGCAGCUGAGUAUUCAAACCUGUCACUAAGGUUUGUGUGAGGGAAGAAAGGAAAGGUUAUGGAGAAUUUCCAUUUCCUAAUUUCUUCCUAAGAAUUUUAGGAAGACAGCCAUAUUCCACAAAACUUUACCGGUAUCACUUCAUGCUUUUGACACAGGGGUACAAAUAUCCAUGCAACAGAUGCAUACUGAGGUAGCAAUUAAGAGUGUUGGCUCUGGAAGCAGCCUGUCUGGGUUUGAAUCACCCUCUUAUUAGCCUUUGACACAUAUUGAUGAAGGAGACAAAACCUCAUCUGCUCUGCCUCUCCACUGCCAGAAACAGGGUGCCCUGGGCCUGGUAGCUGCUGAGACUGCAGAUCUGGAACUUGCCACCAGGUGUCACCAGGAGCAAUUGUCAGUGUUCACUGUCCUGAGGAAUUGGGAUUCAGUUCUGAAUUCAGUUGUUCAGUGAUUUGGGCCCUUGCAGCACCGGAAGAGAGUGUCUGUGGGAAUGUGAUCCUAGUAGGAAGGGAAAGCUGGACCGAGGGGACAGAAGGUGAAAGUGCAUGGAGUGCCCAAUCCAUGCCACACCCCUGGAUAAUGGUCACUGCUUCUUCUCCCGAAGGUCCAGGUUGAUUCCCAGUGGCCUCCCCCGGAAAUGUUCCGUCUUCCACCUCUUUGUUGGCUGUCUCUUACUGGGCUUCCUCUCCCUGCUCUGGCUGCAGCUCAGCUGCUCUGGGGACGUAGCCUGGGCAGCCAGGGGACAAGGACAGGAGGCCCCAGGCCCAUCCCGGGCCUGCCCACCAGAGCCGCCUCGCGAGCACUGGGAAGAGGAUGAGUCGUGGGGCCCCCACCGCCUGGCAGUGCUGGUGCCCUUUCGAGAGCGCUUUGAGGAGCUCCUGGUCUUUGUGCCCCACAUGCACCACUUCCUGAGCAAGAAGAAGAUCCAGCACCACAUCUAUGUGCUCAACCAGGUGGAUCAUUUCAGGUUCAACCGGGCAGCACUCAUCAACGCGGGCUUCCUGGAAAGCGGCAACAGCACAGACUACAUUGCCAUGCACGACGUGGACCUGCUCCCUCUCAAUGAGGAACUGGACUAUGGCUUCCCAGAGGCUGGGCCCUUCCACGUGGCCUCCCCGGAGCUCCACCCACUCUACCACUACAAGACCUACGUUGGUGGCAUCCUGCUGCUUUCGAAGCAGCACUACCAGCUGUGCAACGGGAUGUCCAACCGCUUCUGGGGCUGGGGCCGAGAAGACGAUGAGUUCUACCGGCGCAUCAAAGGAGCUGGGCUCCAGCUUUUCCGCCCUUCGGGUAUCACAACUGGGUACAAGACAUUCCGCCACCUGCACGACCCAGCCUGGAGGAAGAGAGACCAGAAGCGCAUUGCGGCUCAAAAACAGGAGCAGUUCAAGGUGGACCGGGAGGGAGGCCUGAGCACUGUGAAGUACCGCGUGGAUUCCCGUACAGCCCUGUCUGUGGGCGGGGCCCCCUGCACUGUGCUCAACAUCCUGUUGGACUGUGACAAGGCCGCCACUCCAUGGUGCACGUUCAGCUGAGUUGGCUGGACAGUAAGGAGGCUUGUGCCUAUAGGCCACACUGCUACUCAAACCCAGGACAAAGCCUUGGCCCAGGCCCAGCUCCAGUAGGACAUGGAGUGGCCUGAAGCAGUGGCCAGCCAGCCACAUGUUUGCAGCAACCUGGCUCCCAAAGGCAGGCUUGAGCCAGGACAGGACACACACAGGGUGUCUGGGAUGCUACCAGCAAUAAACAGUGAUGGAGAGAGGCUGGGACAUGGCUCCCAACUGGGACUCUCCACCCUGCCUUACUGCUUGCCCUGCCCUGCCCUACCCUCUUUUGUGUGCUGAGAUCUGCAAGUUCCUCCCUUUGGACUGCCUCAUGCAGAGAUACAGUUUAGAAGCCAGGCCACUGAUGUGGGUGGCCAGGGCCAUCAGGAGGGUUAAAACUGCAGAGACCAGUGUGCAAGCCCUACAGAGGGAGCAGCUGAGACCAGCUCUGGCUGGUUGUCACCAUGCAGGAGUGUGGGCUUAGUGUUGCCAGAUCUUCUGAUUUUUCAAAAGAAACUAGAAUUCUGGAUUCUUGAGUGAAA